ACCCCCACAGAGCUCCGGACCCCACUAAGCACACCCCAGAUUGAGCCUCCAGCUGUCGCAAGGCUGCGCUGAGCUGAGCACAUGAAUCUUUCUGGUAUUUUCAACUACAUGUCUAUCGCGAGGCUGCGUAACCUCGAUUUUCAGGAGCCAUCUUAUUCAAACUUUUAUCUCUCGAACCAGACACCUAUUCUUUUUUGUUCAUUGCAUGCGUCAAGCGCGUAGGCGCAAGUAACUACAUUCAUCAUGGAGCCUCGAGCGCGUGCCGGCAAGAAUGUCGGCAAGAUGAACUUCAGCCAUGCAGAGCUGGCACAGCUACUCUACGCACACGGCGAUGUUCAAAACCCACUCCCAGAAACCGUGCGGGUACUCGACGAAAUCCUCACCGAUUUCAUGCAAUCCAUCGCCUUUGAGGCGACACGAGCAGCUAAUUACUCAGGCCGCCAAAAGAUCAAAUACGAAGACUUUGAGUUCGCGUUCCGUAAGAACCCCGCGUUCCUGGGCAAAGUCCAAGAGGUAUUCGAAAAGCAAAAAGAGAUCAAGAAGGCCCGUGAGAUUCUGCGCGAUGGCGAGGAUGAGAUCAUGAAGGAUGCUGCGGAUGAAGAGAAGAAGCGAGAAAAAUCCGACACAAGGACGGGAGGAGCAGUAGGAGCUGCGACGUCAAGGGUCGAGGAGGAGUUGGGCGAAGCUGACGAUGAUGCUGAAGCGGAGCUCGAUGCGUUGGGUAAGAAGCGUUAAAAGAAGCUGAGCAGAGCCGGACUCUUGCGAUUGGCGUUCUACUACUUGAUUCCAUUUCGGGCGUUCUACAGAAAUAUUGGUGUGGGCUGGGAAGGCGUUUAGAGCAUACUAUGGUGAAUUGGGUUGGAGUUACAGACAGGGACUAAGCAAAGACACAUCCUAGUAAAUCAAAGGAUCCUCAUGCUGUUGGAUGGAUUGCAUUAUCGUAUUGGAAACCGCAUAGCAUCGCCAUGUCUCAGAGUCUGUAGGCCCUGAACAUUGAAGUCUUGAUCAUCGAAUUUGCAUACAAGCCUCAGACAAGUAACUGCCAAUCCAAGUCGAAGGCUUCAUCCAUUAUGAUGUUGCCUUAAUUGACACACAUACAAAC